UGUCGACCGUGACAAACCCAGGCGCCGCGCUUUCGCGCACACGGCGCAUGAAACAUGCCUUCGAACUUCGCCGUUCGAUCCUGUGGAUUGGUUGAGGCCAGUGAAUGUGGUCGCGACGGUGGCGGCCAGGUUCGCGCGACGUAACACGUUCGCGCGACGUAACACGUUCGCACGACACACAGAGACGGCGCGGCCACACAACACCCCCGCCGCCAUUGGAGAUUCCGACGCGUCCAUGGCGUACCUCACUCGUCGGACCUCGUACCUCGCGCUGCUAGUGCUCGCGUUUGUAGCCGAGCCGGCACUCCAGCAAGCGACGUGCUCGUCCAUCGCUGUCGACGUCGACUACCCUGGUAACGACAUCGCGGGCGUCGCCGCGGCGGCCGUCGACAACUGCUGUGGCAUCUGCGCCGCGACUGCCCACUGCAACGCGUUCUCGUAUGCGUAUGGCACGUGCUACCUCAAGUCGGCCAACGGGUCGGCCAUCGCGAAGCGUGGCGUCUAUUCCGCGACUCUGGCGACGCCACCACCAUGCCCGGCCAUCGAAAACGACACGGACUAUGCAGGUGGAGACCUCACAAGCGUUGCUGCGUCCGCCGCAGAAGCGUGCUGCGGCAUUUGCAAAGCUACGGCAGGAUGCAAGUUGUUUGCCUACGCGUAUGGCACGUGCUACUUGAAACACACCCAGGGACCACGAACGUCCAAACCCGGCGUUCGAUCCAGUGUCGUCGUGCCUCCUCACCCCGAGGAGUGCCCGGCCAUCGAAAACGACAUCGACUAUCCGGGUGGGGACCUCGUCGGGGUCGCCGCCGCCGCUGCAGACGAUUGCUGCGGCAUUUGCAAAGCCACAGCGGGAUGCAAGCUGUACUCGUACGCGUAUGGCACGUGCUACUUGAAACACACCCAGGGCAGUCGCACAACCAAAGCAGGCGUUCGAUCGGGCGUCGUGGUCCCUGCUGUCGACCCGCCAACCACAACAGCACCGCCCACAGGACAGUGCUCUUCUUCGAUCGCCAACGUCGACUACUACGGCAUGGACAUUGCGACCGUGCCCGGGUCGUCAGUGGCGCAGUGCUGCGACGCAUGCACGGCGACGUCAUCGUGCCAUGCGUACGUGUUUUACCAGGGCAACUGCUACCUCAAAUCUGGCAAGGGCCGGUCGUCGGUGCUGCCUGGCGCCGCCGCGUCCGCUCUCUCGUCUUUCUUUCCCACGUGCGCCGCCAUCGAAGAUAAUGUGGACUAUCCUGGCGGGGACCUGACCGCUGUCGCCAAGACGACUGCGGAAGAAUGUUGCGACGAGUGCCGAUCGACGGCAGGAUGUGCGCUCUUCACGUGGUCAUGGGGAACGUGCUACCUCAAGUCGACGAAAGGAGCUCGUCGCGUCUCGGCGGGAGCGCGAUCCAUGCUUGUGUCGACCGCGGUGACCACCCCCGCCGCUACAACUACCAAACCUACGAUCGCCCCGACAACUCCCGGUCCAACAACGUCGCAGCCGACUGCCACCCCGACGCCUGCGCCGACACCUCUGACGACGCUGUCCAGUUGCGGCAAACGGCAGCGCAAAGCAUGGAGUGCGUCGACGGCCGCGGAGAAAGCUCUGUUCAUCAGCGCCGUCGAAGAGUCCAUGAAGCGCGGUCUCUUCAAGCGGUUCCUGUCCGUGCACAACGACCUGAAAGCCAACAAAGAAGCGCAUGGGACGUGUGUGUUUUUGUUUUGGCACCGCAAGUUCAUCCUAGCGUUUGAGGACAUGCUGCGCAGCCUCGGUCCGGCCUAUCGAUGCCUCACACUUGCCUACUGGGACUACACCCAAGACUAUGUUCAGUUCCAAAGCAACCAGUGCAAGACCAUCGGCGAGUGCGCAAUCGCGACGGCCGACUUGGGCGGGUCCACUCAAGGCCGGGACGCGCAGCCCGCCGAUGCCGGGCACACGUCGUUGUGUGUGUCGUCGCCGCCGCUGAACGCGUCCGAGGCUGGAUGUGUUCGCCGCGGCGACUGGCACGCAACCACCAUGCCGGACUGGAGCAUCUCGAACGCGCGGUCGUCGCUGUUCGACAUGGGGGCGUCGAUUGCGGCCGUGUCGGCGGAUUUGGAGCUUGGGAUUCACGGCUCGGUCCACAUGGAACUGCGCGGCGCGAUGGGAAAUGGGUUCCUGUCCCCGAUGGACCCGAUCUUUUACUUGCACCACGCAAUGGUGGAUGUGCUCCACACGGUGUUUUACCACUGCAAAGUCGAGCCAUUGAACUUGGACGCUGCCGGCCAGCAAGCCCACGAGAGCUCGUUCCAGGGGUGCACAGUCAACUAUGGCGACGGAUCGCUGCCGGUGGGCCCGACGACCUCGAUCAUGAUGCGAAGCCACGUCGACUUGGACGACCAAAUGCCGAUUCCCGUCGAGGACGACCCGUGGAUCGGCCCAUUCUUCAAGCCGUUGCCGAGCGAAUACUACAAGCUGACCGAUGCCCGGACACUCGGGUACAGCUACAACUUGGUCGGGCUAGUUGGCGACUUGUACACCAAGUGCGGCGCUGCGACGGCCACCACGAUCGAGUCGACACGCCACUUUGAACAAGACCACACUGUCGUCGCUCCGUUCAAGCCAGCCAACGUCAAGACCCUCCAGUUUGAGGACGCCGUCAUGUCGAUGGCCGUGGAGCAAGGUCUAACGCGGGAGGCCGCGUUCGUCGAGCUCAAGAAAAUCAACUUGCUCCACCACGUCAACUGCUUUGCCGGCGGCGACAUUCAAGAUUACCCGGACGACUUUAAGCACCGCAUGCACUUGGGCGACGCCAAGAAGCCAGGGUUUGUCCUGUGGCACCAACUCCAGACCAACCAGACGACGGUCCACAUUGCGGGAUGGCAAAACAUCACGCGCGCCUAUUACAACUGCACAGGCGCCAUGAACGCGCGCCAGAUGCACGACGCCAUCAAGUGAUGGCAUCGAGUCGAUCGAGAGAGGGUUUCGCUACCAGACAACGACGCGCCGAGCUGUUGGGUAAACUCAAUGCAGGGAUCGUUCCAGGACGAACCAAAAAACCCUUGGCGUAGAUUUCGCACACCUCACAGAGCUC